AUGGCAACGGACACUGAACAGGCGGCUCAGGGCAUCAAACGUUCGCACGAUGAGCUUGAGCUCGGGGAUACACAACCUGCAAGCCAACCAGCAGACGACAGCGACUCGGACGACGAUAUUGGUCCAGCUUUACCAUCUGCAGAAGCACCGAAGAAGAAACGAAGGAGACUACCGUACGAGAAGCAGUAUGUCGCUGCACUUCCUACGGCCACGCGAUACUCAAAGUCGCUUAUGCACAAGGAUCAACUCUCCUACUGUACUUUUACACCACAUACCGACUUCCUAAUCACAAGCUCGAUCGAUGGAUAUGUGAAGUUUUGGAAAAAGGUUACUGGUGGCAUAGAGUUCGUGAAGGAGUACAAGGCGCAUGAUGGUGAGAUCACGGGUGUCUCGGUCAGCGCAGACGGGAGAAGUUAUGCUACGCUUGGAGCAGACAACACAAUCAAGAUCUUUGAUGUGGUCACUUUCGAUCUACUGGCCAUGCUGGAGCCAGAGGUAGUGCCUCGAUGUAUAUGCUUUGUUCAUGGGCAUGGUUCGACCUAUCCAUUGCUGGCGGUGUCGAGUGACGUUAAUGGAUCCAUUUCUAUAUACGAUGGCCGAGGCGAGGCCCAGAAGCCGUUACAUACGUUAUCGAAUUUGCAUCGGAAGCCAGUACAUGUCCUGGCGUACAACAAUGCUUUUGAUUGCGUCAUCUCUUCCGAUGAAGGUGGUAUGAUCGAGUACUGGCAGCCAUCGGGCAACUAUGAGAAGCCCGAGAUCGUCUUCGACAUCAAGAGCAACACAUCCCUCUUUGAGUUCAAAAAGUCCAAGUCAGUCCCUUCAUCCAUCACGAUAUCACCAACAGGCAAACACUUCGCUACAAUUUCAUUCCCGGAUCGCAAGGUCCGCAUCUUUGAAUUUGCAUCCGGGAAAUUGUAUCGGACCUACGACGAGAGUAUAGCCACAAUCAGCGAGAUGCAGCAAGCUGGAACAUUAAGUAAGGAGCCCAUGGAAGCUGUAGAUUUUGGUCGGCGAAUAGCUGUGGAGCGCGAGCUUGAGAAUCCCGUGUCGCGCAGCAGGCAGAAUGUUGUGUUUGACGAAAGCGGACACUUCAUCCUCUACGGCAGUAUACUGGGCGUAAAAGUGCUGAAUAUGCUCACCAAUCGUGUCGUGAAGCUGUAUGGACGCGACGAGCCAUAUCGACCACUCAAUCUUGCUCUUUUCCAGGGUCAACCAGACAAGAAAGACAUUGUCACUGUACAGAUGGCUGCAUCGGACAACCCUCUGUUGGCUGAAGCAGAAGCGCGAGAUGCCAUGCUGGCCACUACUGGAAGCGCGAAGGUGCGCUUCUACAUGUUCACGAAUGAGACGAACAUCUCAAAGUCGGAUCGUGAUGUUCACAACGAGAAGCCGAAGAACUUGCUCGCUGGGAAGCAGAAAGGCGAGGCAGAAGAGCGCAAUGCAAGGAUGGCAAAGGAAGCGACCAUACAUACAACCCUUGGUGACAUUCACAUCCGCCUCUUCCCGCAACAUGCGCCCAAAGCUGUCGAGAACUUCACUGUCCACGGCAAAGACGGCUACUACCGCAACAUCAUCUUCCACCGCAUCAUUCGAAAAUUCAUGAUCCAGACUGGUGAUCCGCUUGGCGACGGCACAGGAGGCGAGAGCAUUUGGGGCAAGGAGUUUGCAGACGAGUUCACACCUGAGCUGCGGCACGACAAGCCCUAUAUCGUCUCGAUGGCGAACGCUGGACCGGGCACGAAUGCUAGUCAGUUCUUUAUCACGACUGAAAAGGCACCUUGGCUGGAUGACAAGCAUACCAUUUUUGGAAGGUGCGUCAGGGGUAUGGAGGUCGUGCAUGCGAUUGAGAAUGUCAAGGUGUGGAAGGAGAAGCCUGUGGAUGAUGUGAAGAUUGUAGAUAUUACGCUACAAUAG